AUGAUAUUUGUACUACUAUUAUUGAUAUCUUAAACAAAUGCUCUCUAUUCAAAGAAAACCUAUAGAACUAGAGGUUUUAAUGCUAUUGAUAUUGAUCUGGAGAAAUAUGAUGAUUUGAAAUAAGGAUCGACUACUAUAAAUAUCAUACUUGAAAAUAAUUCACUUUCAACUGUUCCUUUUUUAGCUUAUUGCAAUACGAAGAAUCAAUAAAUAAUAAAAUCGAUUGUCAGCUCUCCUGAUGUAAUAAAGAAACAAAUCGAUUCAAAUAAAAAAUUAUGUGUGUUCGAUAACAAUGCUUUGUUAUAUUCAUAACGCGUUUAGCAGAUUGUGUUAUCAGAUUAAAUCAAUGAUGAAAACGAGUGGGCUUAUAAUAAAUUUAGCAUAUAUAAGUUAAACGAAAAACAAAUCUCCAUUUAUAUCUAUUCAUCUGACGAUUCUUAAUACACAAUCAUAAUUAAGGGUUCUUAGAAAGGAGAAUGCUAUAAUUAAUGCAAUAAUUAAGGUCUGUGUAUGAGUAAUUAAAUACUAUUUUGUUAAUGUAAUGAAGGUUAUGUUGAUAGCACUUGUUAAUUAUUAAGUUCUGUUAUAAGUGCCCCAAUGUAGUUUAAGUUUGAACUGAAAGAAAAGUCUUUUAAAAAUAUUCUAACCAUUCCUUUAAAGUCUAACCCAGCAUCCUUAGAAAUUGAAGUAAGUGCUGAUGCCAGUAUAAAAACAUAUAUUGGCUGCCAACACGACAAAGACUUUAUUCCAUUUUCUGAGAGUAAUUCAUUUUAAUAAAGUGAAAUUUCAACUGGAACAAUCAAAUAUUCACAAGAUGAUAUACAGUAUUGUCUUGAUAACACUAAUAAAAUAGAAUAAACUUUGGGAUUCAGAAUGGAAAACUUUGUAAUCCUAUUGCUAGUUAACGAUCAAGCAUAUAAAACUAAUGUUAAGUUGAAACUCUACAUAAAUACCAAUUAAGAUGACACCUCUGGAUUGGAAAUAUACUAUAUCUUGGCUGGUGCAUUAGGGGCUCUAAUUAUUGCCUUACUCAUAAUUAUAUGUGUGAUAUACUUUUAAAGAAAGACCAGAAGAAUAAAUAAUGGAACCUAAAACAAUCUUAAUUUAAGAUCAUUUUCAGUUAAGGGAAAUACCAAUAGAAGUCUUAGAUAGGAUUAUAUUCCAGUGGAAUUGUAUGAAUAAAUUAUUCAAGAAUACCCUGGAUUAGUAGAAAUUUCUGAUUGUUAGAUAUGUCUUGUGGAAUUUUAGAAAUAAGACUUAGUCAAAUUAACAUAUUGCCUACAUUUAUUUCAUUCUACUUGUAUAGAUGAAUGGAGGAAAAGAAAUCAUACCUGUCCAUUUUGUAGAGAGGAUUUAAACAAACAAAAGCGCAUACAACAAAAACAAGAGGAUUAAAUCUAUCAGUUGGGGGUGAUUUCAGGUGAUGCAAUGUAAAUAGAUGAAUAAAAACUUGCCGAAUUUUAAAGGAGAGAAUAAAGAUUAAAACAUUUAUAAUGUAAUUUUUACUUCAUAUUAAUAGAAACAUCCUCACCUGACUCUGCUAAUGCAAUGCAAUAAAAUGGAAAUACUCCAUCACCAUUUUUAAAAGGAGAUUUAAUAACUUAGUAGCUUUGCGUUUAAUCUGGGAACUGA